CCCCGGUGCUGCAGCAUGGCCGGCGUGCGCGGAGGCCGCGGGAGGGGCCAUGGCCACGGCCGCCUGCCGGAGGGAGAGGCUCCGGACGCGCACGUGGCGGAGGAGAGCAAGAGGGUCAUCAAGGAGCUCGUGGCGAAGCAGACGCUGGCGGGCACGUCGCUGCACCAGCAGCGCGCCAGGGAGCGGGAGCGCGAAUUCCACCGCGCGGCCGCCGUGCUGCCGCUGAGCAGCGUGUCGUCGGGGGCGUCCAGCCUGCGGGACUUCACGGCCAGGGCGGAGCGCGCGCGCCACGUCGAGGACCUCGCCGGCACGGGGCUGCCCCUGCACGACCUGCAGCUGCUGCUCAGCCACGGUAACGCCACUCUUGCAGCGUCCCGGCUGUCGCUGCCAGAGCGCCUGGCGCGCGAGGAGCGCCUUCGGGACAUCCAGGAGCGCCUGGCCAGCACGUCGAGCACGUCCACGACCACCGCAACGACAGCGGCCGCCAGCGGGGAGCAGCCGGGGCCGAGCCGCCACGUCCAGGAGCUCGACGCGUCCCUGCGGCUGGCCGGCCGGCUGACCCCCAUGGCGCGGCUGGCCCUCCUCAAGGCCGGCCGGCACGACGACGGCGACGGCCGCGACCAGGACGCCGACGACGAGGUGCCCCGCUUCCGCGACGCGGCGCCGCCCGCCGAGGACCACCCCGCACUCCGCCUCGGCGCGCUGGAGCGGCGCAUGUUUGGCCACCUGGACGCCGGUCCGUCCACCAGCGGGGAGGCGCCGUCGGCCACCUCCAGGAAGCGGCGCCGGCUGAGGCAGGCCGUCGACCAGCCCAAGACCCGAGAUCGUGCGUCAGGCACUGGGUCGUGGUUUCGUUGUUUUGACGGUCUGGGCACGAGUCACGACCACUGGGCUUUAAAAGGGCGGCGCUGGGGACGGAGGGCAUCAUCGUCCACCAUGGCUCGUCUCAGCUUCGUCGUCCUCGCCCUCUGCGCCGUCGUCGCGGCCGUCGCCGCUCACCCGCCAGAGCAAGGUGGUCCCCAGGGUGGCCCCCCCGCCGGUCCCCACGGUGGUCCCCACGGUCACGGUGGCCCCCAGAAGCGCGGCCCCCACGGCGCCCCGGCCGAGCACGGCCUCAAGGCGUGGCUCCACGCCAAGGAGGCGCAGCUCAAGAACUGGGCCCACAAGGAGGCCGGCCAGCUCAAGGCGCAGUGGCAGACCAAGGUGGUGCCCCAGAUCAAGGCCCUCAAGGAGAAGCUGGGCGCCGAGUGGCAGAAGGACGCCCCCAGGAUCGUCUCCCUGCUCAAGCAGAAGACUGGCGCCGCCUUCGACAAGGCCGUCAACUUCGUCAACAAGAAACUCCAGAACGCACAGGGCGCGGGUGGCCACGGCGGCCGCCCUUCGAGCAGCUCCGUGGGCGGCGUGGACGGCGUGGGCGCGUCGCUGUGGGACGUCCGGGACGCUGCCGUGGCCGAGGCCCGCCACUCCAAGGCGCACACCUCGACGGCCUGCGCACGGCGGCCGCACGGCCCCGCCAGGGCCAAGCAGUACACCAUCCAGGACGGCAAGAUCGUGGAGCUGGGCGCGGCGGCCGCGCACCGCGCCGGCCGGCCGGAGGACCCCCAGGGCCACGCCCAGAGCCACAAGGGCGCGCCCUUCGUGGCGACCGGGGAGGGGGCGCUGUCCCCAGAGGACCUCCGGAAGAACCGCAUGUCUGUGGAGGAGAUCCGCCAAAUGCCGCGGUUCGCGUCGUACGAGGAAGGCACCCCGUCGACGGUGCUGUACGUCAAGAACUUGGACGGCGGCGUGACCGAGGACGACCUGGCGGCCGUGUUCGGGAGCUUCCAGACCUUCCAGGCCUUCCAGGCGUCGCCGGGGCCCAGCCGGCCCUGCCCGACGAUGCGGCUGUGCACGGGCCGUAUGCGCGGCCAGGCCUUCGUCACCUUCCCCAGCCAGGACGCCGCCAGCGCGGCCCUGGAGGCGGCCAACGGCUUCCUGCUCAGGGGCCGUCCCAUGAUCGUGCAGUACGGCCGCAGCCACAGCUGAGCCGGCCGAGGCACA